CGAUGAUUGACUCAUUGUAUAAGUCAUAGAAAACAUAAAAUCUAUGAACAUGCUAUGUGAAAUGUGGUUUUCGUUUUAAUUACACAACAUUUAAUAAAUAAAAAAAAAUUGAAAAAGAUAUGUAAAAAGAUUUCCAAUGCUGUCAAAAGUAUCUGUAUGUGGAGUUGAACGGUACCAAGAAAUUUAUUAAUAAAAAAUAACACUUGUUGAUUUAGUUUAUGAAGUGAGUGGACAAAAAUGGCUGAUAAAAAGAAGACGGGGGCAGGAGGCGAUGCCCCAGCAACUGCGAAACCCAAAGGAAAGGAGGCGAUGGAACCUGAGGAGCUGCCUAAGACACCCUCAGAAAUCGCCAGAGAAGAGGCCGAAUACCGAUCAAUGAUGAGGAAGAACAGGUUCAAGCGCCGCUGGCCUGAGAUCCAGAGGCCCAAGUUAAGGACGAGGAAGUGGCGACCUCCAGGACCACCGCAGAGGAUACCUCCCAUUGUGGUAGAACUUCCAGAGCUGACUACCCGCACAUGGGUGCCUCCGUUUCGGCGCCGACGUCGCCCGAGGAAGAAGUUGAUGAGAAUACCACGCGAAGAAAUAACUCAGCCGUUGUAUGAAUGUGCCACGCUGAAGAAGAUCUGGCAUUCGUUCUACCAAGUGGAGAAGAAUAAAAUGAUGUUACAAGGCAGCAUAGGGUGCGAUUCCAGAAGAUAUUCGUCUACAGCUUGUGGGUCCCAAACUGCCUGCAUUGCGGUGAUCUGCCGAGCUCUUCUAGACGAAAAGCCAGCUUCAGCGUUGGUGAAGAGAGAUGUGAACGAGGUGAUAGAAGCGGGGGAUAGGUACUAUCAUCAGUGUAUGGUGGCCAUGAAGUGUUAUAAAGGAAAGCCCCAACUAAGCCUAAACCAGCUGCUAACAUCAUUCUUCUUCCACGACACCAAGUAUACAAUAAAGAUGCAAGAAGCAGAAAAGGGGCUGCUUGCCAAACAUCCUGAUAAUGUACAGUCUGCACCUGAUUUCAUGGCGUUGAUGGAGAAGAAGAUUGGUCAAACUUACAUGAUGAUCCUGUCGAUCGGCGGCGACAAGCACUUUUUGAUCUGGGGCCACCCGCCGGAGGUUGUCAGCAGCUGCAAGACAGUUUGCUACAUCUUCGAUCCUCACAUGCUUAAUGAAUUGGGACAGCCUAACAAAUUGGGUGGAGCGGGUGCGUUUCUUCGCUACGCAGGAGUAACGUCCUUCGUUUUGGACUUCCUGGCCAACCAUGGGAAUCUGGACGUCUCUAAGAAGAGCAUGCCGAAACCGGCCAUCACACUGACUAACAUUGAAGUGGUACAAAGGGAGCCAUUACAACGAGUGCCAGAUUACGACUUAGAUCUGAAGGCAUUGAAGAUACAUUGCAGAGCAGAGUGGGAUAGCAUGAACAUCAACGCUCUCAUAGAGAAGAAGAGGACAGAGGGUCAAUAUCCUCUGGCGUCCCUCAGUGCUGUAAGUUUGGCGACCUCACGAGGCACCUCUAGAAGGAAAGUCAGAGAUUUCUACCAGAAGACACCUAAAGAGCCCCCACCAGUCCUCCCCAUGCAGCCGGAGAAGGCUCCCCUGAGCCCUACAUACGAUCAGAUCAUGGCGAUGAGAGGAGAAGACUUCUUCUUAUUCUGUCCUAGGUCUGAUGGACAUACCUACGGAAGGGAUGAUAUGAUUCCACCGCCAAAGGAAGAGCCGAUAUUGCACAGUCCAGUGGACAUCGCAGACAAGAAUUUCAUAUCUCAGUUCCAGCAGCUGGACGCUGGGAAGUGGAUCCUAAGGGGCACCAGGCACAUGGCCAGUUACAAAUACCAAACGUUCAAGACAUAUACGGCUGUCCCGUGCUGUGUGAUCGCUAUAGCCAUGUUGAGACGCAUGAGGGCUAGAGCUUGGAACGAAGACACUAUCGACGAAACCUUGGAUCUUGGCUAUAAUCUGUUCAGAGAAUCACUGGUGGAACGAGGCGGACCGAUCCGUCGCCUCGUGUUGGGGGAACUGAAGGAGAGCUUCAGGAUACGAGACAAGGAGUACACUCCAAAGCAACGCGGUAUAGCUGUUUGGGGCAAGCUGGUCUCUGGAAACCCCAAAGUGUUUGAUGUUUGUAGAGGAAUCGACGCUUUCUUCAAGGAGGCUGACAGCGGGAUCCUUCAGGUGCCAGGAGAAUAUGAAUGUGGGAUAUGGAGCGAGGGAGACAGAUAUUAUCUGUACCACCCAUGGCCAGCUGACAGGACUGGACGAAGGGUGAGCCUCCAAGGGGGCGGCAAAGCUUGCCUGUUAUACUUCAACCGUAUCUCCCACCUCUGCGACUACUACAUGGAGAACGUAGCCGAUAUCAAGAUGAAGCCGUUCAGCAUUUCUGAAGUGGGCUGUUACGAGAGAUAUGACUUGCCUGAGCCAAUCAAUAAGAUGAAGCCCGUGGCGCCAAACCGCUGGGUGGUGCGAGGUCGUUUCCACGAGGCUGAUGCUAGAUUCCCUGAAGAACACAGAGGGAAACAAGCCACGCCCGCUUCCAUCACAGCCAUAGCGAUGUCUCACAUCAUAGAGCCUGCUAACUGGACAGCAGACGAUAUUGAUGAGACUCUAGUCAGAGGUGACAUCCUGUACCAAAAUACAAUGGAACACCUUGAACGCAUGGGCAUAAGUCUGGACACCCCCAAGAGUGAAGAAGUUGAAGAAGAAGAGGACGGUGGCAGCCCAUCCGGGACCCUAGCCGCUGCAGAUGUGAUUAACAAGUUUAAAGUUACAGACUUCGAUUGCAUUGAGACUGAUGUUAUGGACAGCUUGUAUAGUGGCCAAUUGAACGCUGAAAAGGGCAGUGGAGUAAUGUCCCUCAAAGAAUCCCUGAAGAGUCUCUUUAAGAGUUACCGUCAUGCGGUGGUCACAGCUAGGGGCGGGUCCACCGCUAUCUGGUACGAUGACGAUCAUCUGUACUUCUUUGAUCCUCAUGGGUGUGAUGAGAAUGGUGCACCAUCCGACGAGCCAAGGGCUGCAGCCGCCCUGGUCAGACUCAGCAACAACGUUGAGGAACUGGCCAACAUUAUCAUGGGUAAUCUGGCUCCUGGGCAGGAUGACAGCUUCAACAUAUCUCCCGUGAUCAUAACUGCUUCCAAGCUUAAUCCGGAGUUGGGAGCGCCGGCUACCAAAUUAGAUAACAAAGAAUUCGCGUGGAUCGGCAAAGGAACUGCGGCCAUCUUGAUGGGACCCAGAGGAGAGAACAGUGCAAUUGGCAAGGCUGCCGAAAAAGCUGGCAUUGGCGAAGACGAUAUGGCAGGAAGAACUCUGGCCUUACCAGCUGCAGCGGCUUUCUGCGCCGCCACGGACUCUGUUCCACCACCAUUCAUGCAUAACGACCACAUGUUCAACUUCCUUGAUGCUGGUACAGAGUACUACUUGAACCACGUUAAGAAAACAGGCCGUAAGGAUAUCCAAGUUGAAGAUCUUUCAGAGAAAUUCGAGAUGGGUGCUAACACCUUCUCCAUUGAAUUGGGAGAGCCCAUCAAAUUGCCGCUGAGAUUGCCCGAUGAGCCUGCUGGGGAAGGUGAAGAAGGUGGUGAAAAGGAAGAACUUGGUGAAGGCGAAGAAGAGAAAGAAGUCAUGAAACAAAUAAAAGAUGCGCUUUUCAAGCAAUGGUACGACCCAAUGAAGCCGACUACAGUGUCCCUGCUGGUGGGUGACUACCACCAGAUGGGCGUGUGGGUGUCUGCUGGCGGGAAAGUAGUUGCUUUUGAUCCCGCACCUACACUCUUCAAAGGGAUGCUGACCAGGCAGAGAAUCACUAAGGGAGACGAGAUCAGACUUCAACGCAUUAAGGACGAGAUGGCCGGUGAAGGUGGCGGCGAUGAAGAAGAAGGAGACGAGGAAGCUGGUGGCGAAGGGGAAGCCCAGCCCGAACCCGAGCCAGAAUUCGUUCCACCUGAAGCUUGUCCCGCUCUGAUGGUGUUCGCCAGUCCAGCUGAGUUCAUCGACAAACUUACGCUCCAAGGCCCUCUAGACAAGAAGCAGUGUCUGGCGCCGUACAAAUUGUACCCGGUGACGAUCACCAACGAGUUAACGUCACUUUUGAAGGAAAAGAAGUCAACCGAGCCUAAGGAAGGAGAAGAGGAAGAUGAAGCAGAAGCGAUGAUAGAACCCCUGUCGGACGCCGCCAUUGGCCAGUACUUCACCAAGGUCAGCCGCGCGAUCGCGUCGCUCCGAGGCAAACUGUCACAAGGAGAGAACUACUUCAUGGAGCAGCCCAACAGGGACAACCAGGAUGCAGCCAACGCAGUGAUGGGUAUAGUAGUAGAUCACAUAGAGCCGUACGGGUUCUGGAAGCCAUCACUGAUCGACGCUAUCCUCAAAUACGGCGACCGACUCUACACCCUGUCUCUACCGAAUGCAAGCGUACCUCCAAGGCUGUCACCGGCAGAGAUUGUGCCAGAGUUUCAUGUCACAACUUUCAACGUAAGGCUAGAAAUAGAACAAAACACAGCAAUAGGCGACAUCAAAGCAGGCGAGACUGGUGGUGUGCUCAAUAUAAAGCGAGCUAUCGACAAGUUCUUUGAGAGUGGCAAGCAUGGAAUACUUUGCUGCAAACAUUACUGCGUUGGCAUCUGGCGAGCUUCCGAUGAUAAAGCAUAUUGUUUAUGGGAGCCUCACGCAGUAGGUCCAGCUGGGAACACAUCUCCGAGUGGAUCGGCUGGAAUCAUCCUCUUUUCCACUGUGGAUCUUAUGGCUGAAGUCAUUAAGAAGAAUAUUGAAGCUACAGGAAGAGCUGGGCCUAAUACUUUAUCCAUAUCUGGCGUGAAAGUGUUCUGGGAGAUAUCAAAGACUCCUCAAGGCGUGACUGCGCAAGGAGCAGUACCUGAUGAAGGAUACGAGUGGAAGGUGCUGACGGCGUACGUUGAGAAUGCUCGAGGAAGAACUAUACUGAGGGGCAGCAGACCAAAUGAUCUAGUCAGAUUCACAAGAGACUCUUUGAUUCAGUCGUCUUGCGGCGCCAUCGUAGCGGCAGCCAUGUCGCACGUCAGAAGAUCACAUCUAUGGACCGCCAAAACUGUGGACGAAAUUAUGUGCAUCGGCUGUCAAUUGUUUGCCAACUCAGUGGGCACUUUAGGCUACGAGUUCAGGCCGGGAGAUGAUGUGCUCCAUCCAUUACAGGUGUUGAAGAGGUUCGUCAUGGGUGUCAACUACGUGAGGUAUGACUUGGACGCGAUCUACUCUGGGAAGCUGGAACAGAAGGAGCCGACGGAGAUGACUGUCAGAUCAGCCCUAGAGAGGUUCUUCGAGGGCCACACGCACGGCAUCCUGUGGUCGGUGCCGCACGCGGUGGCCGUGUGGCGCGUGUCGGGCGCUCCGCCCUUCUACAUGAUGGAGCCCCACGCUUGCGGUGCUACGGGGCUCAGGAUCGAUGCACAGGACGACGGCGCCGCUUGUGUUUUGACAUUCACGUCUGCUAAGCUGAUGGCUUAUGCAUAUCUUCAAAACAUCCCAGUGAUACAACGUCCCAAACACGAUUUCCAACUAUACGCGAUGUCGGCCGUAGUACAGCCUAUAAAACCACUCGGCCCCGUGAUGCCGCCAUUGGUGAGGGCACCUGAGGGGGUGAAGCUUGUGCCAGCCACCAGCAAGGUUGGCGUCGAUGGAACUAAGCGUCGUGCGGACGAGCAGGAUAGGAAGCAUCCUCCGGGAAGCGCUACUUGCAUGGACGCUCAACGAGCCACAGAGAAACGUGACAAGGAAAUGAAGCUGAAGGGUCUAAGAAACACGAGUGGUUGGCUGGUGCUGCAAGAUGGCACCCAGUUCCUGUCGGCUCACCACUCCAUGGCCUGCAAGAGGUUCCCGUACGGGUCUAGAGGACACCAGGCCCUGGCGUGUGCAGUGAUGGCGGUGGCAAUGUCUAGAGUAGAAGACGUCUGCCGAUGGUGCUCGUCCAAUCUCGACGAUAUACUGGAGAGCGGCGAUCAGUUAUACCAGGAUAGCUAUCUGCACUUUAAGCCUCCGACGAAGAUAUUGUCUAUACAGCAGAUACUGCGUAAAUUCUACACGCCCGGUAACUGUGUGUGUCGCGUGCAAGUGUAUAAGCCUCGGCAAAAAGGGAAGGUUGACACUGAUCUCGUGGAACAGCUGUCACAAUUCUUUAUGGAGGAAAAGGCUGGCGUUUUCGUUGCUGGCAGGGGAGACUUUGCUGUCGCCUUAUUCAGAACUCCCAGAGGGUAUUACAUGUUCGACCCAGCCGACAGAGAUCGCUACGGGCGCGCAGUGGCGCCCCCAUGUACUGGGAAGGCGAGAGCUUGUUUCUCACAGUAUCCUACUGUGGAGGCAUUGGCAGAGAAGUUGGGCCCGAACAUACCACCGGUUCUUAACGAAGAAGUAGCAAAGGAGCCUGGAUCGAUUGGGGAGAGAAAAUCGAGGACAUCAUUGAAACAGGAGACAACGGAGGUGAAAGACGAUAAAGAGGUACACUUUGAAGAGCCAGCCACAUUCUCUGUAUAUGGAAUGGACGUCACCAACUUGCGUAAACUGAAUCAACACGAACGAUAAUAAUAAAAAAUUUAAAAAAAAAAAGAAAAUUUAAAAACACUCUAUGGGUCUAGUCUACGCAAGUUGGAAAUUGCCGUCCAUUUAUGUCCAAGUGAAUAUUGUUAUGUAGGUAUGAACUUUAGUAAUACGCGACUUUAAAAUUGUUUAUUUUUGACGUAAGUAGGUACAUGAUUUUUAUGCGGCUUUUUAAUAAAACUACUAAAUUUGUGGUUGUAAUUUUCCUUAUUUUUUAAAUCGAGAUUUGAAUUUCGAAUAACAAUGUAUCGCGUGUAUUUGAAAUUGGAACUGUGUAAUUUAAAAAAUAAUUUUGAAUUAGAAAAUGUUCUUUCAUGAGAUUUUUUGUUGGUUUCCAUUUAAUAUUUGUGUACCUAAUUUUCAUAAUCGAAUUAGUUUAUAAGCUAAUAUAAUUAUAAAUAUAAUUUAAUUACUUGCGUGGUUAGAUCUGUAGUGUACAUAAUAUAAUUGUUUUUUAUAUAAAUUGUAACAAAAAAAUGUUAAGUAUGUCUGUAAGGUCGAAGCCACAUUUUGUCAUAGAUUUUGUAAUAUAAAUUAUAAAAGAA